UUCUUUUUUUCUCUACAAAAACCAAUAUAUACAAUAUACAUACACACAGGCAAACACACACAUAAAUACCACUGCCUGUACCACGAGGCACCAAUAAUCAUCCCUUUCUUCUUCUUCUUCUUCUUCUUCUUCUUCUUUCUCACCAUUAAUUUCAUAUUUAUAUUUUUUUUCCUAACUCGUAUUCUUUCUUCAGCAAAAUCAUCUAUGGCUGAGCCACCUAAUUAUGCAGAGCACGAGUCCGGCGGCAAGUCGUCCACCACCACGACGGGCUCGAAACACCAGUUGAAGAGAACCAGACUAAUUAAUAGUGAUGAUGAUGAUCAUCCAGAGGUGAUUAAUGAAGUUAACAAGAAGAGUAAUACAGGUAAUAUUAUUAAUCAUAAUAAUAAUAAUAAUAAUAAUGUGAGCAAGCAUCCCGUGUACAGAGGUGUGAGAAUGCGGGCAUGGGGUAAAUGGGUUUCCGAAAUCCGUGAGCCUAAGAAGAAGUCUCGUAUCUGGCUGGGCACCUUCGCCACGCCGGAGAUGGCCGCCCGGGCCCACGACGUCGCCGCACUCGCCAUCAAGGGCGGCGACUCGGCCAUCCUCAACUUCCCAGAGUUAUCUCACCUUCUCCCCCGCCCCGCCACGUGCUCCCCGCGCGACGUUCGGGAUGCCGCCAACAAGGCUGCCCUAAUGGACCACCUCCACCACCGUGAUUCGUCGGAGGAGGACGUUUCGACGGUGGCGCCGGAGGAGCUGGGGGAGAUAGUGCGGCUGCCGAGUCUGCUGGGAACCAGUUGUUAUGAGUCGGCCGAGGAUUUGGUGUUCUCGGACGACGUCGGAAUCGGAAUCGGAAUCGGAAUCGGAUGGGAUUACUACUACAUUAAUCGGCCGUUGUUGGAGAUGAGUUUAGAUGAUGAUUAUAAUAAUGUUUUUUUCUUCCAAUAAAUUAAAAAUGUACACUAGUAGUUGAGGAUAUAUGAUGUCUGCCAAUUUCGAAGGUCAUAAUUGCUCAUGAAAGUUGACCUCAAUGUCAAUGGUGUUGUGUGUAUGUGUUUGUGUGGUGUUUUAUGUGUUUGACCAUUUCAUUUUUUUUAUUUUUUUUCUUUCCUUUGUGCUCUUUUUAAUGCAAUAUAUUGGAUGGAUCCCUUUAUUAACAUUUUCAUAAAGAAAAAGUAACACAAUUACUUAGCACUUCCAAAUA